ACUCUUCCAGAUCCAAGAUGGCCGCAGGCACCGCGGCUCUGGGAGCCUCCGUGGCGGCUUUAGCCGCUUCGAGCCCGGCGGCCCAGGCUCCGUGACCCGCAGCGGAUCUCCGGCACCCACACCAGUCACCCACGGGCGGCGGCAGCGCGGCUGCGGCCUGUGUGGUGGUGCAGCGGCGGUCUGAAGCAGCGCGGAUUUCAUUCCGGAGCUGGAUGGCUGAGGCCGGCAGGAGGGCGCCGCCGCCGCUGGGGCUUUGCGACCCGGCCACCCGGAGGGUCAGGCGGCCAGAGACGGAGGAUGGACCCGCGGCUGGACAGGGAACCGUCCGGCUUCAGCUGGACCUGUCCGAGCCAGACGAACUCUCUUCCCCCGAGUUCAAUUACGGAGAGCUCAUCCAGUCCCUGCAGGCCAGGAAGGACCCGUCAGGUGCUGCACCUGCUCGCGACCCCAGUGACCCCUUCAAUGAUGAUGAAAGGGAGAGACAAGAGAUGGAGGCCUUGGCCAAAAAGUUUGAGAACAGAUAUGGAGCGCCCUGCAGGAAGAAGAGGAGGGACCGAGUGCAGGAUCUGAUUGAUAUCGGAUUCGGUUAUGAUGAGAGUGACCCCUUCAUAGAUAACUCAGAGGCUUAUGAUGAGCUCGUUCCAGCGUCUCUCUCCACGAAGCUUGGUGGGUUCUACAUAAACACGGGAACGCUGCAGUUCCGCGUUGCGUCUGAGUCUGAGGGAGAUGAGGCUGAGGGAGAUGAAGGCGUGAUUAAGGAAGAGGAGGAGUCGGGGCUGAAGAGGAAGAAGGGGAAAGAGGAGGAUGAAGAGGAGAAGAAAGUGAAGAGAGUCCAGCUGCCUGAACCGGGCUUGGCGCCUCUGAAUGUGCACCGGCCGGAGAAGAAGAAGAGGAAGAAGCUGAUGAAGGACUCUCUCUGCCUGGCAGCCAUGCUGCACCGCUUCACCAAGGAGAAGGCGAAGGAGGAGAUGCGUAGAAAGAACGUGGUGGGGGUCCACCCCAGCCCGAUCACCUGGCCACAUCACCCGCAAAACCUCCACAGCAACGCCCAGAACAGCGACCCGCUGCUCACCGACCUCACCUCCGACCCCGCUGUGAUGUCACUGCUGACCUCCUCCAAUGAGAGCGAGCUGCAAGACCUGCUGAGUGAUCUGGACUUCAGCGUUCUAGACGCUGGACCACAGCCAGCCGCUGUGGGCAGGGAGAACGGCCAGCUGGCUGUGGGGGUGGGGCAGAAAAUGGCAGGCGUGGCCUUGGCCAGAGGGGUGGGGCUUCUCUCCCCUCCUCCACUACCAGAAGGACUGCCACAACCCCUGGUCAAACGCAUUGAAGACCUGCGAGCAGCUUCACGACAGUUUGACCAGGAGGGCAGGAAGAAGUUCUUCACUUUAGACAUGAAUAAUAUCUUACUGGAUAUAGAGCUGCAGGUGCAGGAGCAGCCCCCGGCGGUGCGUUCAGGUGUUUAUUCUCACCUGGAGGCAUUUGUGCCCUGCAAUAAAGACACUCUGCUCAAACGCCUCAAAAAACUCAGCCUCAACAUUCAGGACGAUCGUCUACGGACCCCUCUACUGAAGCUGAAGCUGGCUGUGUGUAGUGUGAUGCCUGAACAGACCGCCAGAUACAACAUGGACUGUCUGGCCAGAGUGGCGAAGCAGCAAAUGGAGGACGGAGAGAGAAACGGCUCGGAGGAGGACGAAGAGGAGAGACCAGGGAAGAGAGUGAUAGGCCCACGGAAGAAAUUCAUCUGGGACGACAAACUCAGGACUUUGCUGUGUAACCUGGUGCGGGUGAAGCUGAAGUGUUAUGAACAGGAGAAAAGCUCUCUCUCUGUAGAGGACUACCUCAAAGCCUUCAUGGAGAAUGAGGUCAAGCCGCUCUGGCCCAAAGGAUGGAUGCAGGCCAGGAUGCUGUUUAAGGAGAGCCGUACAGUACACGGUCACCUCACCGACUUGGGAAAGAAGAGGAUCGUUCAGCCCCCCAAACCGGCUAAAGUAAAGGAGUGGGAGUGGAACCAGCAGCCAAUCCAAGCGUUGGGACCCUCAGCAUUUCCAGCAGUGCCUGGCCCUGUUCGCCCGCCCCUCUCCCCAACCUCAGAGCCCAUCUGCCUGUCGGACUCCCUGGAUGACGACCUGGCCACCAACUCUCUGGACUCCAUCGCUCAGGCGCUGUCGCUGCUCAGCAACGCUGCUAAUGGUGUCACGGUGAACUCUGCUACUACCGCAGCCUCCUGUUCUCCUCCUGCUGUUAGCACUCACUUGUCUUCUCUGGUUUCUCACGCAGAGACUCUUCCCACCACGUCUCUUGCCUCCUCUACUCACCCCUCCACUCCUCAGCCAUCUUCCGCACGAGUGGAGCUGUUUUCUGGCCUGAAAGAUGCUGGAUCACUACAGAGAAACACAAUGGUACCUGCUAGCAUUGCUAACAGCAUCGUCAACAGGCCCAGCAACAUCACGAGUGCGAGUACCACACAGCCGGCUAAGCCACGUCCACCUCCGACAGCCUCACCUCUUCUCCCGCCACAGCAGAAGCUGUUCGGGGUAAAGCCCAGUCAAACUACCCCCCCUACAGGCCAGCCCAAGAACUUGGCAAACAAACAGGCUGACGGCAGAAGCGGAGGAUCUACAGGGCUCCCGCAACAGACUUCUGUGAAUUCCCAUGCUCCUCUGCAGAACUCCAAAAUCCCCCAGCAGGUGGCGCGGGUGCCCAGCUCGCCCUGCCAGUCUCCGACACCCCACUCGCCCCAGGGCAAAGUUCAAACGCAGACCUCUCCCCUGGUGCACCACCAGCCGGGUUUCAUAACGCCCAUGCAGGCCACCAUCACCAAGUCUUCCCACAGCAGCAGCAGCUCACCUAUCAUCAAACUCUCCCACCGGCCACCUGCCCCCACUCCACCAUCCACUUCUUCUCCCUCUCCCAAUUCCUCCCCACGCCCCCAGAUCAUGACCCCGCCCCUCCAGUACAGCCCUAAAAGCCCCGGGUUUAGGCCGCCAUUCAACAUCAACCCGGCCGGUAAACCUGCUGCACAGCAGGUGAGCUACAGCUUUGCAGGUGCGCAGAAGUCCACCAGUCCUCUAGGGGGCACCAGCGCAAGCAUCACUAACCCCAGCCCCAAAGCCACACUUCAGCCUGCUGGCUUCCAGGACAGUAACCCCUCCCCUUCAGCUGUUUCAGCCAAUCAUGGACAGAGACAGAGGCCCGUCGGAGGAGCCAGUCAGAGUGCCAAGUCUUCAGCCAGUCGCAUGCCAACCUUGGGACUGACCUCUCCAUCUGACGCUGCCCUUUUGUCCCAGCAGGUUUCUUCCUCAGCGGGCGGUAAUCUCCUGAGCUCGGUGGGGGCGCCUCUGCCGCUGAGUUUCGGUAUGCUGGGUGGUCUUGUGCCCGUCUCUCUGCCCUUCCAGUUCCCUUCACUGCUAAACUUCACUCCGCCUGGCCCGGCCAGCACAGGGGGGGCUUCACCCACCCCCAACUCAGGAUACAGUCUGACUCAGAAUUUGUUUAAGAGUUUGCAGUCAGGUGUCCAGGCUGCUCUACCUCCUCACCUGCAGCUUGCUUUCUCAGAGUUGCUCUAAAUCAGCCUCCAGGGGGUGCUGCGGUUCCCGCUCGUGUGUACAUGUAGAAGUAGAAUGAACAUCUCGAUCUUCUGUAAUGAAGAAACAGUGUUACUGGCUGCAUGUUAGCAUUACAGGCUCUGUGUGCAGCUAAUGAUAACAAAUGAUAGCAUUACUGGCUCCGUAAGUCCAGUAAUUCUGAACCGUCACGUCUGUCCAAGCAGACAAAACCAGUUAUUUUGUGAAAUGCGACACGUGCAUCUCUGCAGCAUGUCAAAAUAAAAGCCUUUCCAACGA